UAGUGGAAAGAAAAUAUGCCAGCCUGAAAUAGCCUACAGCCUUACCUCAAGGCACAAACACCCACACUCACUUUCUCUCUCUAUCUGGUCUCCAAUUUGUCAAUCAUCACUCUUCUCCUUUUCUAAUUUCUUCAGAAAUAUCAGCUGAAUCGGAAAAACUUCCGCCGGUAAACGCUUCUCCGGCUAAGUUCGCCGGAAAUGUGGAACCUCCGUUCUAUUUCGUGCCUCCUGCUCCUUUGCUGCUCAGCUGCAUUUGUUUCUGCUCAAAGAUCUGACAAUGCUACCUCUAAAUGGCUUACAUUGAGCGGAGAUGCACCGAAAGUCAUAGCUCGUGGCGGCUUUUCUGGGUUAAUGCCCGAUUCAAGCUUUAAUGCUUAUGCUUUGGCAAGCGCGAUUAGCGUCGCCGAUUGGGUUGCUUGGUGUGAUGUUCAACUCACGAAAGAUGGGGUUGGCAUUUGUUUAUCUGAUAUCAGGCUCGACAAUUCUUCUGACGUUGAUGUUCUCUUCAAAAACAAGCAGAAUACCUACUUGGUGAACGGUGUUCCUCAGAAAGGAUGGUUUUCUGUAGAUUACAAUUUCAAGGAUUUGGCGCUUGUCACCUUGAAACAAGGAGUGUAUUCACGAUCUCCAAGAUUUGAUGGCACCCCCCAGCAAAUUCUUACUGUCCAGGAGGUAGCUACCCAAGUCAAACCUCCAGGUUUAUGGUUGAAUAUCCAGCAUGACUCCUUCUACAGCCAGCACAAUCUGAGUAUGAGAAGCUUUGUUGUUUCCCUGUCUAGAAGUGUAAUUAUCAACUAUAUUUCAUCACCUGAGGUGAAUUUUCUCCGAAGUAUCGCAAGGCGAUUCAAUCCACGAGUGACAAAAUUCGUUUUCCGGUUUCUCGGCGAGGAUGAUACUGAGCCAUCAACGAAUCAAACAUACGGUUCUUUGUUAAAGAAUCUCACAUUUGUUAAAACCUUCGCCUCAGGGAUUCUUGUUCCCAAACACUAUAUCUGGCCAGUGGACAACAGUUUGUACUUGCAGCCGCAUACCUCAGUCGUUUUGGAUGCUCAUAAGGAAGGUCUUGAGAUUUUUGCAGCCGACUUUGCUAAUGACGUACCUUCUGCUUAUAAUUAUAGUUAUGAUCCUGUAGCUGAGUAUUUAUCCUAUAUUGACAACGGUGACUUCUCGGUGGACGGAGUGCUAUCUGACUUCCCAUUGACUCCAUCAUCGUCAGUAGAUUGCUUCUCUCAUUUGGGCAAGAAUGAUAAACCUCAAGUAAAGCUUCAGAUUAUUACAUCUGAAGGAGCAAGUGGUGACUAUCCUGGUUGCACUGAUUUAGCAUACACAAAGGCUGCUUCCGAUGGUGCAGAUGUUCUCGACUGUCCUGUCCAAAUGACUAAAGAUGGAAUACCUUUCUGUCUUGGUUCGAUAAAUCUGAUAGACAAGACCACUGCGGCCCAAUCGCCAUUCAGCAACAUUACUACCACUGUCCCUGAGCUUAAGAUAACAAAUGGAAUACUCACUAUCAACCUUACUUGGACCGAGAUUCAAAGCCUGAAACCGGCAAUAUCAAACCCAUGGUCAGUGUUUAGAUUGUUUCGGAAUCCAAAGGCCAGAAAUGACGGAAACUUUAUGUCGUUAGCGGACUUCUUGACAUUUGCCAAAAAUGCUACUUCUGUUUCUGGUGUGAUGAUCAGCAUAGAGAAUGCAGCAUACCUGGCGAAGCAGGGAUUAGGUGUAACUGGUGCUGUUCUGGACGCCUUAAACAAAUCUGGUUACAAUAAUCAGACAGCUAAGAAAGUUUUGAUCCAGUCAACUGACAGUUCUGUUCUGGAAGAAUUUAAGAAAAGUAGUUAUGAACUUGUUUAUGGGGUUGGGGAUGAUAUCCGUGAUAUUGAGAGCUCAACUAUAUUGGAGAUCAAGACCUUUGCAAAAUCUGUUAUCAUAACUAAGAAAUCUGUCUUCCCCAGCGAGGAUGCAUUUAUCAUUGCACAAACGAAUGUAGUGCAGAAGCUGCAGUCAUCAAAUCUCACAGUAUAUGUACAACUCUUCGACAAUGAGUUUGUGUCUCAAGCAUGGGACUUUUUCUCAGAUUCAUCUCUUGAGUUAAACAACUAUGCUGUUGGAGCUGGCAUUGAUGGUGUUAUUACAGAAUACCCUGCCACAGCGGCUAGAUACCGAAGGAACCGUUGUUUAGGGUUCAAAGACUUGCCACCAUAUAUGAGCCCUGUACAACCUGGGAGUCUCCUAGGACUCAUGGCUCCUCAGUUUUUGCCACCAGCUGAAGCUCCCAACCCGGUACUCACUGAAAGUGAUGUGGUUGAGCCACCUCUUCCACCUGUGGCAAAGAUAAACCCAUCUAAUGACAAUGGGUCAGCUAUUGCUCCCACUCCUCCAAAUGGCCAAUCCUCCGUUGUUGCUAGCAUUCUCAUGAGCUCUGUUGCAAUUCUUCUUGCAACUGUUAUGGUAGUUUGAUGACCAUUUCUGCCGCGGUGCCACCAUUUUGUACAAUUUGUUUCGCCAUCUUACUGAACAAACUUAUGGUAGUUAUGGAGUCACACAUGACGGAUAGUCCGAUCAGCUCAUAUAACACGUGAUUGUUCCUUGUAUUUUCCACGUACCAAAUUUUCAGCUUUUGUCUAUUCUUUUCAUUCUUCCUUGGUUCUAUUUUUCAUCCCUUUCCUCUUUUUCCUUUUCUAUUUCAUUUUGGCUCAGAUUGAGUGGGUGUUUCGGGUUAUUGCCUAUUUAUUGUAAGAAUUCUGUAUUGAAUAUAAGCAAUGAUCAAAAGUAGUACUAGUUACAACUGUUAUUUUAGUUA